AUGGGUGACUUUGGCCACUUCAACACUCGUGUCUUCCACUGGAUGGACGCAAGGUCCAAGAAAUCCACUCGCCCAGAAGACCCAUACAACUAUCUCACUGGCUUUGGCAACGAACAUCAGUCAGAAUUCAUACCAGGUGCUUUACCCAUCGGGCAAAACUCCCCCCAAAUUUGCGCAUAUGGACUCUACGCAGAACAGAUCACCGGAUCCUCUUUCGCGGCACCCCGCUCAGGCUCGAUGAGAAACUUCGUGUAUCGGCGACGUCCUGCGUGUGUCCACGGAGCGACAACAAAGAUCAAGACCAACACUUCAGUUACGGCUGCAUUUAUGAAUGCGUCCGGAAAUAUCCAAAACAUCCCCGCCCAAGUCUCUUGGUCUCCUUUUAUCAUUCCAGAUAAGGCGGAUGGUGCCGUGGACUUCGUGAACGGUCUACAUACACUUGGAGGAAGUGGCCAGCCCAGUGUUAGGGAGGGACUUGCAUACCAUAUCUUCGCAAUCAACAGCAGCAUGCAAGGCAAGGCUUUUGUCAAUAUGGAUGGCGACUUCUUGUUCGUUGCUCAAGAAGGCCAUCUCGAUAUCACAACGGAAUUUGGUCACAUCUACCUUCAGCCGUCUGAGAUCUGUGUCAUACAGCAAGGUCUGCGCUUCAAGCUUGAAAUAAAUGAAGCAAAGUCACCAAGUGGUGCAAGAGGAUAUAUUAUCGAGACAUGGGGUACCAAAUGGGAGCUUCCUGAGCUUGGACCACUCGGUGGAUAUGGAUUAGCCAACUCUCGUGACUUUCUUUUUCCCACUGCUGACAUAGACACAAGGACUACUGGAGCAUGGAAUAUCAUUUCCAAGCAAGGAGGGGAGUACUACAACACGAGCCAAAACCAUACUCCUUUUGACGUUGUUGCCUGGCACGGAAACUAUAUUCCCUACAAGUACGAUCUUUCGAAGUUCGUCUACCACAACACAGUUUCCGUAGAUCAUACCGAUCCGUGCAUCAACACCGUCCUUACUGCCAAGUCUCGGGAUCCUCACGCCCCUCUCUGUGACUUUUUGGUCUUUGGACCUCGUUGGGACGUCGCCGAACAUACUUUCCGCCCCCCAUACUUCCACCGGAAUUGCGCUUCUGAGUUCCUGGCUCGCAUCUAUGGCCCAGAAGGAACUGGCGGUCGAUCAGAGGUCUUCUCACCUGGCGGCGCAAGUUAUGAGGCAGGCUUCACGCCGCAUGGAAACGCGGACGAACGCACCGUGGGAGCCAUGCAUGCAAAGAUGAAGGCAAUGCGUGUCGGUGAAAACCAGCUCACAUUCAUGCUGGAGAGUUGCCGUAGCUUAUUGUUUACUGAAUGGGCCUUGAAGGAUUGCGGGGUCUUGGUUGCUGAGGACAUACCCGAGUCGGCGUGGGAUUUGUUGCCAGAUCGGUUUGGCCAGAAUGAAGAGGCCAUUCGAUUACUGAAGGAAAUGGGAAGAAUGUAG